GCUCUGCAGCGUCGCUGAGCUGGUGCAGUGCAAGACACUCGCUCAUCCUCACCGAUGGUCUGCAGAACAAGGGGGACUUUAAAAAAAAAUAAACAUCUGAAACAAAAAAACAUCCUACAUUAACUAAAAAAAUCUUGAAAAAAUAACAAAACAACAAAAAAUCCAUCAUGAGCUACGAUCCUUAUAUCUCCUACCGCCGCACUUGGGACAGCUACCGAGGCUCUUCUCGACCUUCCACCACCAAAUCCUUCAUGUACUCCCCUCUCUACUCUUCCUCUUCCUCCCGAGCCCUGGGCCUGGCGGCUGGGAAGCAGCGUCCACCCGCCUCUUCCUCACUGCCGGAUGCGUCUGCACGGAUGGACCUGGCCGAGGCCUCCAGCCUCAACACAGAGCUGCUGGGGCUCCGCAGUCAGGAGAAGGAGCAGCUGGUGGGCCUCAACGACCGCUUCGCCACCUACAUCGACAAGGUGAGGCGCCUGGAGCAGCAGAACCGGGCCCUUCUGGCAGAGCUGGAGGCUCUCAGGCGGAGGCAGAGGGACCCGUCUCGUCUUCAGGGCCUCUACGAGGGUGAAGCCCGGAGCCUCAGGGCUGCAAUCGACCAGAAGACAGGAGAUAAGAUGCGCAUGGAGGCAGAGAGGGACUACCUGAAGGACGUGUACGGGCAGCUGAAGGAGCGCUAUGAGGAGGAGGCGCAGUGCCGUGCGGAUGCAGAGGAGGCCCUGCAGAGGGCCCGGGAAGAAGUGGGGCGGGCCAUGCUGUCUAACUGCGAUGCAGAGGCCAGUGUUGACUCCCUGGCCGAGGAGAUGGGCUUCCUGAAGAAGGUGUUUGUGGAGGAGCAGGCGGAGCUGCAGGCCCAGGUUGUGGCGGCUAACGUGUGUGUUGACAUGAAGGUGAGCAGGCCAGACCUGUCUGCGGCACUCAAGGAGAUCCGGGCGCAGUACGAGCGGCUGGCCAAUAAGAACAUGCAGGCGGCCGAGGACUGGUACCGGGGGAAGUUUGAGUCCGUGGCGGAGAUGGCAUCGAAGAACAACGAGGCGGUGCGCUCCAUCCGGGAGGAGACCAUGGAAUACCGCCGGCUGCUCCAAUCACGCUCCUCUGAGAUCGAGGCCCUGCGGAACGUCAUCGAGUCGCUGAACAAACAGCUGGAGGAGCUGGAAGAGCACCAGGGGGAAGAGGUCACGAAGUAUCAGGUACAGAACCACUCAAUCAAUCAGAACCAGGGGGAAGAGGUCACGAAGUAUCAGGUGAGGAUAAACGAUCUGGAGUGCGACAUCAACGAGGCAAAGCAGGAGAUGUCUCGCUACCUCAGAGAGUACCAGGACCUUCUCAAUGUUAAAAUGGCUCUGGACAUUGAGAUCGCGGCAUACAGGAAACUGCUGGAGGGAGAAGAGUUCAGGCUGACCUUCUCUGCCCUGAACUAAAUCCUCUUCACACUGAACCCCAAUAACUCCGAACCCCAAUAUCUCAAUAGCCUAUACCCUAACCUAAACCAUACUCUUUAGUCUUAUAGCCCUACCAUUGGUCCUCCUUCCACCCUUACCUAAACCCCAUACUACCCCACCCUUACCUAUACCCCGUACUACCCCAUCCUUACCUAAACCCCAUACCUUCCUCCCCAUAACUCAUCCCCACUGUACCACCCUAAUCUAGUACCACCCUAAUUUAGUACCACCCUAAUCUUGAACAAACCCCCCUAAGCGUCCUGAACGUCACCCUUCCGAAGACAGAUGUGCCCUUGUUCUACACAAGAGGUCCACGAUGAAGAGGUCCCCCUUCUUCUCCACACUGAUGUUGUGACAUCAUACAUCAACAAAAUGGCCGCCAGGCAGAAGACUGCAGAGAUACGCUGCACUGCAUUAGCUCAUACAGCUCAGCCUGUGAGCAAUAUCCUCCUGCUAGAGUUCCCCAUCUCCGUUAGCCUGGUCCCAGAUCAGUUUGUGCUGCCAUGUCAUCGGCUUAUGGUCUCUGUCACACCAGCAGAAACAGAUCUGGGCUACAUCGCCAUGAUAUCCAAGCAUCAGGCUCAGUAUUUCAUUUGACUAUCCCCUCCCCCAUUGUGCAAACAUUUGACCAAUUGUUUGUAAAGGAGGACUUUAUUAAAAUGUCAUUUAGCUUUGGAUGCUUGGAUUGUAUCUGUGUGUUGUUCUCAUGCUGAUAGAAAGCUGUUGUGGGCGUAUUGAUUAGGAAUAUAUUGAUGUGGAGCUCUAUCAACAGGAUAUUGAUCCUGAACUGAUCAGCACCCCUGGUUCUGUAACCGGUGGAACAGUAACCUUAAAGUUUAUUUACCUUCUCUGUUACUCUUUCAUGAUAUUUCCAUCCUCUUAUCAAAUUUACACAAGCUUCAGUCAGGCGAAGAUAAGACAAUAAUUGGUUUUGGCAUGUUGUUCAUGAAACAUAAAUACUAAGCCAAGCGGUCUCUUGCCGUAUGAAUGACAAGCUGUGUGUCAGGAAAUGUUAUGUAAGACUGCAUUAUUAAGAGCUUAGUUACUGGUUUCUCCCUGUGAUCUUAGAGAAAUAACUCUGUUAUCUUCUGUUAGCCCUUUUCUGUUCUGUAAGACCUUCCGAACCUAGCCUGGGUACCAGUCUGUUUGUGCUAACAUUCCGCUCCUUGCCGCCCCUUGUCAUACCAAACAUGUUUGUCAUAUGACACGGAGUACAAGGGGUGGAAUGGUAGCACAAAACACGUCUGGAUUUCAGACUGGUCUGAACCUACAAGCUACAAGUAAAUAGUUAAACAACUGAAGAACAACUUAGCCUGGUAACAGAAGUAUCCAGCCUGGUAUCUCAAGCUCUUUGCUGUGCAUAUGUACGCCGACUGAUCCUAGAUCUGAAACUAUCCCAAGUCUGCACCUUAUACUGUAUGCGUGGUAUACCUGUAAGGGCCAGCAAACUUGCUGAAUAAAAUUACAUUACUGAACUGCAAA